AUGUCGGUCCUGCUCGAGACGAGUGUGGGCGACAUUGUCAUCGACCUCUUAGUCGAACAUGCGCCGAAGCUUUGCGAGAACUUCCUAAAGCUAUGCAAGGUCAAAUACUACAACUUCUCCCCCGUCCAUUCCGUACAAAAGGACUUUUCUUUUCAGACCGGCGAUCCUCUCGGCCCGCUCUCCCAAGAGUCUGACGGUGGUUCAUCAAUAUGGGGCGUCGCAUCAGGCAACCCUGCCCUACGAACGUUCACAGCCUUUUUCUACCCCAAGUUGAAGCAUGUUGAGCGCGGCACGGUUAGCAUGGCUACGGUGCCGCUCGCCUCCGACCCCGACACUCGAGUGGCUGGAUCGCAGUUCAUCAUUACCCUCGGCGAGGAUACAGACUUUCUGGAUGGAAAGGCGGCAAUAUUUGGCAAGGUCGUGGAAGGGUUUGACGCCCUGGAGAAGAUAAACGAGGCGAUUGUGGACGACAAGGGCUACCCGCUCAUCGACAUUCGCGUCAAGCACACGGUGAUAUUGGACGACCCGUACCCAGACCCCGAGAACCUAAGAGAGCCGAGUUCAAGCCCCGCGCCGACCGAAGAACAGCUCAAGACGGUACGGAUCGCAGAUGAAGCGGCACUGCACGAGAAUGAUGGGGUGGACGAGGAAGAGCUCGAGCGCCGCCGGCGAAACCGCGAGGCGCAGGCGCAGGCACUGACGCUGGAGAUGAUGGGCGAUCUUCCUUUUGCAGAGGUCAAGCCGCCGGAGAAUGUCCUCUUCGUGUGCAAGCUGAACCCUGUUACCGCGGAUGCCGACCUCGAGCUCAUUUUUGGACGUUUCGGCAAGAUUCUCAGCUGCGAAGUGAUCCGUGACCAGAAGACGGGCGAUAGUUUACAGUACGCAUUCAUCGAGUACGAAGACAAGGCGUCGUGCGAGGCUGCAUAUUUCAAGAUGCAGGGCGUUCUCAUUGACGACAGGCGCAUCCACGUUGAUUUUUCGCAGAGCGUCAGCAGGCUCAGCGACGUCUGGAGGAAGGAUACAAACACCAAGCGCAGGGCGAAUGCAUCUCGUGGCGGGUGGGGUGGAGUGGACGAGCUUGAAAAGCGGCGGCAAUACAGGGCAGAAGCGGAGCGGGACGCCGGUGGCAGCUACGGCAUGGUGUAUGGGGAGGAGGAAAUGAAGAAGCGGCAUCAGCGAGAUGGCGGCGAAAGAAAACGCGAUGGUGGCCCUUCCCCGCGGAAUGGAGAUCAGCCGAGGACGCGCAGCCGCAGCCGCAGCCCUCGCCGGAGAGACAGGAGUAGCGAUAGACAUCACUCUCGGAGGGACGACGGCCGGCGCGCCGACCGAAGGGACUGGGACCCCAGAGACCGGGAUCGACGGCCCGGGGACCGGGACCAGGACCGGGAACGCGACGGGGACCGCCAUCGACGCCGCGACGAUACGUAUAGGUCGAGACGAUGA